AUGAAUGAACCUACGAGCCCACGUGACGCCUCCUCCUCCUCGUCUUCCAUGAACCUGCCCUGCCCAUUGCUCUCCCUUCCUCCCGAGAUCAUCGACGAGAUCGUGUCGCUCCUCAAAUCCGACGACAACAGCGACCUGUUCAGCGUUGCCAGGACCUGCCGCCAAUUCCAUCAUGCCGCCACUCCCAAGAUCUACGCCCGCGUGUUCCUGGGCUACUACGGUGUCGGCGAGAAUGGCAAAUCUCCGAGGAGGGCGGUCAGGAUUUUGGAGUUGAUGCGAGAGCCCAAUCUCGUGAGACACGCUGUCUUCAUCGACCAUGUAGAUUCUCCGCUGCCGACAUUCACGCGGGCGAGCGUCGAACGGAUGCGUAUACGGACGCGCCACGACAUGCCCAUGCUGCCGCAACUGGCGAUACUCACGCUGGCGCUCGCGGGCAACGGCCAGGAGUUUGCUCCCGCACCUCCGCCGCUACCACCGCCGCUACCACUGCCGCCGCCCGGAUUCACGUUCGAGCGCCUGCAGGAAACGUUGGAUGCUGGAAUGGUCAACCUUUACCAGGCGCCCGUUCGGACCAUCCGUAUCGUUGCGGGCUCCGCCCUCGUGAUCCAAGCUCUCCUGGAGUAUGUAGUCCGGCGCGAUUGCGUGCGGAAGCUCUGGGUCGAGGAUGUGCCGCUGCGUGCCUUGACGCGCUUCCUCUCGACCACGCCCGAGGUCCAGCGCGGCUUCACGACCGGGCUCACGCAUCUGCGUCUGCGAAAACUCAUCACGACGGGAGCGAGGACGAUGCUGCCCAUGGGCCGCCACGUACCGGACGACGACUGCUGCCCGCGGUUCAUCCAGACGAUCAUCUCGCACUCGCCUAACCUGACGUCGCUGACCAUCGAGCUGGUGCAGAAUAUAUCCACGCUGCCCGAGAUCCUGGAACCGCUGACGUUUCCGGCGCUCACGGCGUUCCAGCUGCGCGCGCAGACCGGCGAUGUGUCGUGCGUGCCGAACUUCCACCUCACGCACGAAAGCAUCAUCGCUUUCCUGCUGCGCCAUCCAAAACUGAAAGCGUUUGCGUGGCCCGCCGAGAAAUUUGUGCUGCACCAGGGCCAUGAACACCUGCUCGUGCCGCUGAUGGAGCAUGUCUCGCGCCGCCUCGUCUGGUUCCGCUCCGACUGUAGCCUUCUGCGCGUGGGCGAGCACUGGUCGGGCAGACUCAAUCCCUCGCGCCUGUUCUUGGCGACGUUCCUCAAGCGCAUGGAGAUGCUCGAGACGAUCAAGCUGCAGGGCGACUUCCAGCGUAAGGAGAUGACGGCGAUCCACGCGGCCAUCGGAAGCUCGGCAUCGGCGGCGAAGAUGAAGAAGUACUCGCUCAUACGCCCGCAGGUCGAGUGGCUCGAUGAGAUCGUGACCGCCAUGCCGGGCCUGAGAGAGCUGAAGCUGUGCGCAUACUCCACCCCCGGGCUGGUUAGCUUCUACGACAUUGCCGUCCAGGGCGUCCAGGAGACCGACGGCUCGAUGCGCAACAACAUCACACUGCAACAAUUCCUGCAGCCCAUCGGCACUUUAAAGCACCUACAGAAGCUCACGAUCCCGUUCCACACAGGUCUAGACAUGAGCGACGUAGUCGUAUCCGACAUCUGGGACGAGUACCGGUCUCGGCACCCUGGGUCACGGAACUUCGCUGCGCACCCGCACUACAAGUCCCUCGCGGCCGAGAUCGACAUGCACGAGCCGCUGCCGUCGUCGCGCAUAGAAACGCUCGAGAACGGGAUCCAGCAGCAGACGAUAGAAGACCUGGAUGUGCUAGCUGCCCAGCCGAGGAAUGUCGUCAGCCAUCUGUUGAAACAACUGAGGAGGGCUGCGAGAACGAACGGCGGGUUGAAAGAGCUCAGGUCUAUUCGCUGCUUCUUUAUUUUGCAGAUCGAGGCGAAUAAUCUUGAUAUUAAUGAGUUUUUGGUAAGGGUUGAGCAGAGGGCGCAAGGGGAGCAGGGGGGUGCGGGGGGUGCGGGGGGUAUGGUUGGUGGAGAGAGGGUGGAGAGGGUGGAGAGGUUGGAGAGGCUGGAACUCGCGGAGACCCCGGUGCUGGCCUAUGGCUGGGGAACGGGCCUGUGGCUCGGCGAUACGAAGCCGCUUAGGAGUCGGGCGUGGUUUGGGGGGGCGUAG